AAAUACAAAAAAUGGAAUGAAAUAAAACAUGAAAACAUCUAAACAUAGAAGGACUACACAUACUUAUCGCAAUGGCAAACAAAAGUAGCCACAAAAAUGCAGAUAAAAUAGCAGCAAAAUGUGCAUAUCAAUUAUCUGAAAACCAAUCAUUGAAGAACCUCUCUAUAAAAGCUUUUCAUCAGCCUAGAAGGUUGUCAUGUAUAUUGAAUGCCAAAAACAUAAAAAAAUAAAAAAAAAAUAAGGAGUUUUAAUAUUUAAUAUUUAUAUUUAUAAUUAUAUAUCAAGAAUCAAGAUGGCAAGUGCUCAAUGCAGUCGUGAUCAAUUCAAUAGCCAAGCUGAGGCCAAAUCAGAGCAAUGGGUAGAAUCAGGUAACAGUAGAGCCUCUGUUAACAAAGUUGAAGAUGCAAUCCAAAGAGCUCGUGAAUCAGCUCAACAAAAAAGGGAACAAAAUUCUGGAUUCCUUCACCAUACUGGAGAACAAAUGAUGCACAUGGCUCAAGAUGCUGUUGAUGGGGUGAAGAACACAUUUGGAAUUGGAUCAAACAAAAAUAAGUGAAAGACAAUACUACCAUUUUCCAGGGAAUUAUCAUCACUAUGUUAUAAGCAUUUGUAAUUAAUCAGAAUUAUCAUCACUAUGUUAAUAUUAUAAGCAUGUUAUAAUUUUUUUUAUUUGUGUUUGGGUAUCAUACUACUUGUAAAAAAAAAAAAAAAAACUCAAUAUAAGAUAUGCGUUAUUU